AUCCAGAAUUGGGCAGAUCUUCUUCGCAGCAGCAAGAGAUUGGUGACGAUGAGGAGACGACGGGACUCUUCCAUGCUCUACGCGUUCACCAUCUCACCGCUGCCAUAUCCUGUGCUGCUGGUCGUUGUUUUGGUUCUUGUGCUUCUCGGAAUCUCUUCUUACCUCUCCUACGAGGACGUCUUAGAAGACGUAGCUACUCAGAUCAAUUUGGUUAUGCUGGUUAUCCCUGUGCUCAUAGUGAUCAUCUUGCGUUGGCUGUGGACCGUCGAGGACGAAUGGAAUUUUCUCGGAUUUAGGCCGUACGAUUGGAAGUAUGAUUACAGGCGGCGCAGGCCAAGUGAAGGCAGUUCUCCUUGGUGGGUUGCCGCUCUUCUGGUUCUUCUCCUCGUCAUGAUCACUUUCCAGUCUACUUUCCAUGACCAGUGGCUGUUCUUCGGUUCCUCGUAACCUCCUCUGUUUUUGUAGCAGGAAAUUCAACCUUCUCUGCAAUUUUUUCGCUGGCCUUUCAUUUCUCUCUCUUCUUCUUCUUCUUCUUCCGAUGCAAACCUGCCGAGGAGAAUAGUUCUUCCCCCGUGUAAUGUAAUAACAUCCUUCUGUCUCCUGUUUUCAGUGAAUCUACAGCCUUGAUCUCCAUGUAUGAAUGGGAGGCAAGUAUCUGUAUAUGUAUGUAUGUAUUGAUUUAAAGAAAGAAAAUAUCCAUGUUUUAGAGUGAAUUGAUCAAGCAU